UCUAAAGUAUAAAAGCAUUCCCUUUGGAGGAUAAAGCAUUAGUUAUAUUUUCAUCAAUCUGUACACAACAUGGCUUUCCACUACAUUUUUGUAUUCAGCGCUCUAGUGGUGCUAGCCCAAGGAUCUUAUCUGGAUUUAGUGGAGCAAGAAUCCCUUGAAGGAAUUCACGCUGGUGGUGUUUCCGCUGGAGCUCCUGUGGUCGGUGUUUCGCAAGGCCGUGCGGCAAUUUCCCUGCCCCAGCGUUCUCUGUCUGGUUAUGGUGCUUCAGGUAGAUUAGCUGGCUCCCUUGUUGGUGGGCCCCGAUCCCAUGGAGCUGGUCCUCGUGUACCAAUUGGUGGAACCGUGCUCAAUCGUCCUGACGGAGUCUCAGUUAAUCGUCCAGGAAUCGGAGCCUAUAAUCGUUCUCCUGUUGGAAAUGCCGGCCGUUCAAUUGGCGGAGGAUAUGGACAUCGACAUGGACCUCACUAAGAAAUCUGGAUUUAUGAAUUAAUGACGAAUUGAAUUAAACAAGUUUUGACGUUCGACGUUCUUAAAAAUGAAGACCAUAGAAAAAUAUUAUUAUCAACUAUUUUUUCAAAUAGUAAAAA